GUGACCGUCGUCGGUCACCCAUGCUGGGCGCCCUGGCACCGCAGACGGCCAGAGGAGCCCUAGCCGGAAUCCUUACCGGAUCCGAAGAAACUAUCGUAUCGUAAGAUACAAUAAGUACCUAAUAUGAAAUAUAUACGGCGACGACGGGCUCUUUUAUUCACCUGUUUGCUAUGCCCAAAAUAUCUUGUUGAUUCCCCAAGUUGCGCCACCUGAGCUUGUGCCGGAUCUCUGGGCACGUGUAGCUCCGAUGGGUUGCCUUAGAAAAGCCGUCGCGGCAACUUUCUUGGCCCACGUGUUGCCCUCCGUACAUUCCCAGACACUGGUCAUAGACAACAGGACAAUUUCGGCCAAUGAGUCCACAGUUGCACCAGCUGUAGCCAGCGUCGACGCAGGUUUCACAAACUCAACUGCAGAUCUGUUCGAAGGAGAGACCCUGCAGCUGACUGAAGCCGUCUUGGCUAACCUGACUGCCCUGGAGCUGUCCAAUUUCACGUUAUUCAGCUUCCAGAAUGAGUCGGAAUUAGCGGAAGUUUUAUCUAAACGGUCCCUAUCUGGGUUGUGCAAGACGUAUCCAGACGACCCCUUUUGGCCUUUCCCGUCUACUUGGGAACUCUUCAAUCUCCUUCUCGGCGGCGGCUUAAUCCAGACCGUUCCUUAUGCAUCGUCUUGCUACGACUCCUUUGGAAAUCGCAACGCGUCCAGAUGCGAUUUCAUCACCAACAACUGGAUCAAUGCAUCCAUCUACCAUACCGAGGAUCCUACGUCGGUCAAUGCCGUGCUGUUUCAAGGGGCUACUUGCAUGCCGCCGGCAUUUGUACCUUCAAAGAAGGGAUGUACAGUCGGUGGCUAUCCUGCCUACUCAGUAUCUGUCCGCAAUGUAGCGCAGAUCCAGCUUGCGGUUAACUUCGCGCGGAAUCUUAAUCUACGCCUGGUGGUCAAAAACACCGGCCACGACUUCAGCGCCAAGUCGGUCGGGAUGGGUGCGCUGUCGAUUUGGACCCAUAACCUGAAAGACAUCCGGUUCUUUAAGAACUACCGGCAAGGGCGCUACAGUGGACCUGCUUUCAAGCUCGGUACUGGUGUUCAGGCCUUCGAGGCGUAUGAAGCUGCUAGGAAGAAUAACGUCACAAUAGUUGGAGGCGAAGGCCGCACUGUGGGUGUGAUGGGUGGCUAUCUCCUAGGUGGCGGCCAUUCCCCCUUAUCUAGCCUCUACGGCAUGGCUGCCGAUCAGGUACUAUCGAUGGAGGUUGUCUUGGCUGAUGGCCGGUUCGUUACUGCGAGCGAAACAAGCUAUCCUGACUUAUUCUGGGCUUUGCGGGGCGGCGGAGGGUCAACUUUCGGAAUAGUGACAUCGGUUGUUGUCAAGGCGCAUCCGAAGAUCAAAGUCACAACAAUGACCUAUGUUCUGGCGACCGGACCAACAGUCACGUCUGUACAGUUCUGGGCUGCCCUGCGCGCGUUUUUUGACGGCUUCAUCGCAUAUACGGAUGCCGGCAACUAUGAGUACUUCCGAAUUUCGAAAGUCGGUAACGACCAAUAUGUCUCCGACAUGGGCCCGUGGUUCGCCCCCGGAAUGUCCAAGUGUCAACUCAAAGCCCUGGUGGCCCCUUUACUCGCCAAAUUUAAAGAGUUGGGCGUUGAAGUUAACCCAGUCUACACGGAAUACGACGACUUCUAUGACGCAUGGCUUGCAAGUUUCCCUGUCGAACCGUGGGGAAGCAUUGCUAUCCGGCAGGCUAGUCGUUUAUUUCCGAAAUCCAAUUGGCAGGAUGCUGCGAAACUCAAUGCUACCUUCGAUGUGAUUAAGAAUGUUGUUGAAGAAGGUGCAUACGUAGUGGCAUUCAACAUCGCCGCCGCCCCCAAGACUGGAUAUCCCGAUAACGCUGUUAACCCGGCGUGGAGGAAUACCGUCAUGCAUGCUAUUAUGGCGUCCUUGUGGAAUACCACCAACACAGCUUCAGACAUCAAGACCGCGAGCGAUAAACUCACCUACGGCUGGAUGCAGCGUUGGAGGGACGUGUCGCCCGGAGCCGGCUCAUACAUGUCGGAGGCGGAUUACAUCGAGCCGAACUUCACGCAAGCUUUCUUCGGGAGCAAGUACCCCAGGCUGUAUCAGCUCAAGCAGCUAUAUGACCCGUUCGGCGUCUUCUAUGCCCACACGGCCGUCGGGUCCGAAGACUGGAAGAUGUCUGAGAUGAUACUGGGCAACCUACCGUCGCAGAACAGCAGGUUGUGUAGACUUUAGAUUAUUAGAGUACCAUGUAGACUAACAGUCCAUUCUGUCGCCUUGACGAAUUUAGCAUUUCUUAUUCGCAUGAAGGUUACGUUUGCGUAACCUUUCAUAGCUGACUACCUACCUUCUUUUUUAGCUUCUCAUCUUGUUUUUAUAUUCGGCGGCGACAAGG